AUGACAACUAUGAACCGCCAGCGUACCAAUAUUGUCUUCUCCCAUCUCUUCGAGGACGAUCGAAUCCUCACGCCAGCCGAGACUUCCGAGGAAGAACGAAUCUUCGAGAGAGACGGCGUGCUCCGGUGGAAAGCUGAAUCUAGUGGUAUUCUGGGAACCUGUCAAAUUGGAACCUCCCUGGAGCAGCUACUACUACUGCUACCUGAACAGGCUGAUAGAGACGCCCUAGAGACCAGCCAAACGAGUAGCACAGCUAUGGAAGCCAGUACCAAUCUGACGGCUCUUCUCGAACUAUUCGGAGAAGAGGAGUAUAUCCUCUACUUUGGCCCCCUGUCCCGCAGAGGAGCCAUCGUACUAAAGGCCGGAGCUACUGCACAAGCACAGCUGAAAGCAUGGAGUCAUGCGCUUCUUGUUUCUCGACAUCUGGCAAGGAAAAAUGGCACAGCUACUUGCAUACACGAGAAACAAGGCGGUCAGGAUAAGCUGUACGCAAAGUUGUAA